CUUUCCUCCACAGAUCCUAGAGCCUGAGACGGGAGAUAUGGAGAACUACAAGAAGGAAGAAGUGGGAGUGUUGUUUGUUUUGGCAAUGUACUAUUUUUAUUAGGGUGGAUUAAGUUAGUUUCACUUUUACGCAUGGAUUUUUUUGUUUUUUGUUCAAAACGUCCAGUUGGUGGCGGCAAUACAUAUUUUGGGAUACAGUCCUCCUUAAACCCCACAGAAAUAGAAGAAGAAGAAGAAGACCGUUAUCAUCAAAGAGGAAUGUGAAAGACGUGUGUAGGGUUCUUUUACAUUUUAAUGUAGAAAUUGCGAGUGAUGAUUUAGGGGAUAUUAUCAAUAAAUCCUUUCCAAUAAGGCCUGACAUAAGGGACAUAUACAACAUCCUGCUGAAACAAGCUGAGUGAGCUGUGACUUACAUCUAAAAUGAGUCUCUCUGUGGAGAGAGAAGGGGAGACCACUGCCUCUAAAAUGAGUCUCUCUGGGGAGAGAGAGGAGGGGACCACUGCCUCUAAAAUGAGUCUCUCUGGGGAAAGAGAGGAGGAGACCACCGCUUCUAAAAUGACUCAAGACACCAGUUCUAAGAGUGUCCAGAAGCCCAGAGCAGAGUCACCUACAACCAGCCUGCUAUCAAUGAAGUGUGAUCUGCCACCUGCUUUCAGCCAGGAACCAUUACCAGAUGACAAUAAGGAAGUGGAGAGUUUGGACAGGGAGGAUGCAUUAAAGAUCACACACAACCUUCUGGACAGAAGAAGUCAAACUCUGCUGACAGUCCAACAAGACAUCAAGGCUAAACUGAAACACAAGUAUCAACACAUAUCUGAAGGAAUUGGACACCAUGGAAACCAAAGUCUGUUAAAGGACAUCUACACAGACCUCUACAUCACAGAGGGUGGAAGUGGAGGGCUCAAUAAUGAACAUGAGGUUAGACAGAUAGAGCUGGCAUCCAAGAAACAACCCACACAAGAGACACCAAUCAAAUGCAAUGACAUCUUCAAGCCUUUACCUGGACAAGACAAACCAAUCAGAACUGUGCUGACCAAAGGAAUCGCUGGCAUUGGAAAAACAGUCUCUGUGCAGAAGGUCAUCCUUGACUGGGCAGAGGGAAAAGCAAAUCAGGACGUUCAUUUCAUGUUUCCUCUUCCUUUCCGUGAUCUGAACCUGAAAAAGGACCAAUACAGUCUGAUGCAACUUCUUUCCCACUACUUCCCAGAGCUGAAAGAGAUUGACAGCAUUGAAGAUGGUGAAACCAAAACUGUUUUCAUUUUUGAUGGUCUGGAUGAGUGUCGACUUCCUCUAGACUUAACAAACAAUGAGAAGUGCUGUGAUGUCACGAAGCCAACCUCAGUGGACGUGCUGCUGACAAACCUCAUCGAGGGGAAUCUGCUUCCCUCUGCUCUCCUCUGGAUAACCACACGACCUGCAGCAGCCAAUCAGAUCCCUCCUGAGUGUAUUGACCAGGUGACAGAGGUACGAGGGUUCAAUGAUCCACAGAAGGAGGUGUACUUCAGGAAGAAAAUCACAGAUCAGAAUCUGGCCAAUGAAAUCAUCAAACACAUGAAGACAUCAAGGAGCCUCCACAUCAUGUGCCAUAUACCAGUCUUCUGUUGGAUAUCAGCCACAGUCCUUGAGAUGAUACUGAACGAGGCAGAGAAGGAUGAAGUCCCCAAAACUCUGACCCAGAUGUACUCACACUUCAUGCUCAUCCAAAUCAUUGUGAAGAACAGGAAGUACAACAAAGCCACAGAGACAAACCCAAAGGAACUGUCUCAGUCAGACAAAGAGAUGAUCCUUAAACUGGCAAAGCUGGCUUUCCAACAGCUGCAGAAGGGCAACCUGAUCUUCUACGAGGAGGACCUGAGAGAGUGUGGCCUUGACGUCACAGAGGCAUCAGAGUACUCAGCAUUGUGUACAGAGAUCUUCAAAGAAGAAUCUGGGCUGUACCAAGACAAGGUCUACAGCUUUGUGCAUCUGAGCAUUCAGGAGUUUCUAGCGGCAGUGCAUGCUUUAGAAUCAUGUCUGGACAAGAAGGAAAAUGUUUUCUCCAAAGCAGUCACUGGUGGUGAUGAGGAGGAGGAGGAGGAUGAUGAUGAGGAGGAGGAUGAGGAGGAGGAGGAGGAGGAGUCAAUCCAGUUGUCUGACUUACACGAGAUUGCAGUGGACCAGGCCUUGAAGAGUGAGAAUGGACACCUGGACCUGUUCCUCCGCUUCCUUCUGGGUCUCUCACUGGAGUCCAAUCAGAAUCUGUUGCGAGGCCUUCUGACACAGACAGGAAGUACAACACAGACCAAUGAGAGAACAGUUGAGUACCUUUCAGACAAUAUCAAGGAGGAAUCCUCACCAGAAAGGAUCAUCAACUUGUUCCACUGUCUGAAUGAACUUGGUUCCAACUCUCUAGUUGAAGACAUGCAGACCUCCCUGCGAUCAGGAACUCUUUCAGAAACAAUACUAAAACCUGACCAAUGUUCAGCCCUGGCCUACCUGUUACUGAUGUCAGAGGAGGUGCUGGAGGAGUUUGACCUCAAGACAUACAACACAUCAGAGGAAGGUUAUCAGAGGUUGCUGCCGGUAGUGAAAACCUGCAACAGAGCACUGUGA